AAAGAAUUCUGUCCCCCUUGGUGUCACCGGAACAAUGGCCGCUGCGGCGUGUAGCAGAUUAUUUCAGAGGUCGACUGGGAGGAUUUUGUUCUCUUCUAAGGCAAGAUCAGCUUUAUCUAGCCCAUUUCUAACUCGUGGGCACAGAUUAGAACCUGGGGACGAUGAGUUGCACCAGAAAAGCAGCAUUUCUAUCCUGAAGAAGGAGGACGAGAGUGGGACCCAAAUCCACAGCUACAGUCCAACAGGCUUUAUCAUCGGUAGUAAUCAGGUGUUUGGGCCCUGCGCGUUGUUACUUCCUGCCAUCCUGCAGUGGAAUGUUAGUAGUCAUGAAGACAUAACAGAAGAAAGUGUUUCACUUUUCCACAUGAUUGAACCAACAUUUGAAAUUCUUGUGCUGGGAACAGGAGCUCGGAUCGAACAAAUUAAACCCUCAGUCCUCGCUCUUCUGAGGCGCAAAGGCAUCGCCGUGGAGGUGCUGGACACGCCCAACGCUUGUGCAACAUUCAACUUCCUGAACAGCGAGCGACGGCUGGUGGCGGCCGGUCUGAUUCCUCCCUCUGUGAGGAGCACGGCUGUGGACAUCACUCAGGACUAACUGAUGGGACGUCAGCGACACGAGAGGCUGAGAACAGGAGCUCCUCGAAGGUCAUAACAAAUUUAUCCAGCUUGGAUGUUUGGUCUCGACAUUUAUUUGGAUAAACGUUGUCAGAAGCGGCUGUCAUCGCCUGCCGGCCUGAAGCGGUGGCUGGUUGUCAGCGAGCAUCUGUUUCAGGUGAUUCUCAGAGGUCAAAAUAAAGUUUGGUUGUAUUUCUUUGUUCAGUGUUUGAGCAGAAAAAAUGUUCCACAUCAUGAGGAGAAAAUGCAGCCGUCGACCUAAAACCAACAAGUUCUGUGAGGAUUUUUAUUUUUUGUGAAAACCGCUGAUGAUUCAWGUCAUAAAGUAAAACUAUAUACUGAAUAAAUGAGCAUCUUUUUUUAAAUAGCAUUAUAGUGUAUUUAGUAAAUACUGUACAUCUAUAAUAAUUAAUUUAUUGAGUUUUCAAACCUACUCAGCAUUCAAUUUUUUUAUUUUACAUUUGCAUGACAGUGGUGAAACAAUGUGUUUGUUCAUAAAUAAAAUGGUUUUAUAGAGAACUGA